AUGAAUAUACGAGCAUUAUCUAAGUCUACAAGACAAUGGCAAUCGAUAAGGAGAUUUAGUAAUAGCACUUCAUGGUUGCAUCAAUUGAAUGAAGGUUACACAAGCUCGUCUGCUUCUGAAACUUCACAUUUCAACGCGUUAGCAUCAUCAUGGUGGGAUGUCAAUGGUCCUCAAAGGAUCCUACAUAAAAUGAAUUUGUUAAGAAUGGAUUUUAUAUACGAUACAAUAGAACUGCAUUUAAAACUAAAUGCUAAUGUGGCGUCAGAGGAGGAUGAAAUUUAUAUUCCACCUUUUAAUGUUGAUUUACUACCUACACAAAUUAAAAAUAAGAUAGUGGAAGAUCAAAAUGUUAGAAAAGAACAACUAUUGGAUAUAACAAGAUUAAAUGUGUUGGAUGUUGGAUGUGGUGGUGGUAUACUAUCUGAGUCCAUGGCUAGAUUACCAUUUGUUGGAACUGUACGAGGUAUUGAUUUAUCCAAAGAUGUGUUAGAAGCUGCAAAUCUACAUAAGGCUAAAGACCCUAUAUUAGCAAACAAAUUGGUUUAUGAAUUGUGUGCUAUAGAGAAUUUACCAAAAGAUGAAAAGUAUGACAUUGUUACUAUGUUUGAAGUUUUGGAACAUGUGGAUUAUCCAUCUAGAGUAUUACAAGAAGGUUUAGAAAGAUUAGAUGUUGGAGGUUGGUUAUUUUUGUCAACUAUUAAUAGAGAUCCCGUAAGUUGGUUUACCACUAUAUUCAUGGGUGAGCAUAUCUUGAAGAUUGUUCCAGUUGGAACUCACACUUUGGAAAAAUACAUCAAUCAAUAUGAGAUCAAAGAUUGGUUACAAGAAGAUUCAUCUCGAAGUCAACAAUUCCAAGUUGCUUCCACCAAAGGUUGUGUCUAUUUACCGUCAUAUGGUUGGAAAUUUACCUCCUGUCCCGAUGUUGGGAACUAUUUCAUGGCUAUUCAACGUAAAUUUUAA